UCAAUUUUUCAAAUAGACCCCACGACUCAACCCUUCAUCUCUGCUUGGCCGUCUCAGAACCUCAGCUACCAAAAACUUAAAAAUGCCUUCCACGUUUCCACAGCUUAAUAUCUAUCGCUACUAAGCGAAAACACAAGGUUUUUCAAAUGGGUGCGUAGGUUAAGCAGGGAUACACACCCCUGGCAGCGCAGGUUAGCAUAUACUCCAAAACAAAAUUUUACACUUUCUCUUUGUGAUGCUUGGUGUACUGUGUGCUCGUCCCAAGCCUUGGAUCCUUACCUCGCUUUCUUACCAUUCAUUCUUUCACGGCUCGGCGGCUCAUCACCACCAGAACCCCAGGCGCUUCCAUAACGGCGGCGUGUCGUUCAAUCGGCGCCGCCACCACUCGACGGCGUGUCGUCUAGAAGGCCCGUUCGUCGGAGGCGGCGCGGCGUCGAUAUGGCACGCGAUCACGCCGUCGUCGACUCGCUCGAGUCGCCGGAGCGGCGGCGGAGGAGGAGACAUCAGCCUCAGGCUGAGGAGGAAGUCGAUGCUCCGGUGUGAGAGGAGAGGGGAGGGGUCUUGGAACGUCGCGUGGGAUGCACGCCCCGCGCGGUGGCUCCACAGGCCUGACUCGGCCUGGCUCCUCUUCGGCGUCUGCGCUUGCCUCAACGCGCCGCCGCUCCUCGAUUCGGUGGCGGCUGAGGAGAACGCCGAGGCGGAAGAGAGAAUCGACGGCUGCGAUAAUAACAAGAAGGAAAUGAUCGACGGUUCCGCUUUGGUUGAAUCGAACACGAACAACACUGUCAACAAUGAUUACAGAGUCACAGGGGUUUUGGCGGAUGGGCGAUGCCUAUUUAGAGCGAUAGCACAUGGGGCUUGCUUGAGAAGUGGGGUAGAAGCUCCAGACGAUAAUCGUCAGAGAGAACUUGCUGAUGAAUUAAGAGCUCAAGUGGUGGAUGAGCUUUCAAGGAGGCGAGAGGAAACUGAAUGGUUCAUCGAAGGAGAUUUUGAUGCUUAUGUGACAAGAAUUCAGCAACCUUAUGUUUGGGGUGGAGAGCCUGAGUUGCUGAUGGCUUCUCAUGUUUUGAAGACACCAAUAUCAGUCUUCAUGAUAAAUAGAACAUCGGGUGCUUUGGUAAACAUAGCGAAAUAUGGUGAAGAGUAUCGAAAGGAUGAAGAGAGUCCCAUAAAUGUGCUGUUUCAUGGGUAUGGUCACUAUGACCUGUUGGAGUAUAUCUCAGAAGAAAGUUGCCAGAAAUAAAUGUGUAGAAGUUGGCUAUAAAUUCUUCAUGCCUGAAUCAAAUAAGUCUAAACAACAAUAGGAAGAGUGUACUUUUUCCACAGAGCAAAUGCUUCGGCUGAUCAAGAUACUGCCUCAAGUUCAAUGGUUUGCUGCAAUUAUCUCAAUUUAAGCACUAGGGUUGUUCAAAUUUUGUAGGUUCUACAACUACUUUUUUUUUUCUUGUGAUUUCAAAUUUCAAUAUACACAUCAAAAUCGAUGAAAUAAAAUUGGGGCAUGCAGGUGGAUUUAUGGUUGUUUUA